AUGGCCAUCAUAGAUGUCAACAAAGAUCUGGCUGCUCAGUUUGAGCAGCAGGCCCAGGCCACCCCUUCUGCCAUCGCGCUCGAGGAUGAGAGACGGACCUUGACAUAUGCAGAGCUCGACAGUGAGACGUGGCGUCUUGCUGACCUGCUGCGUCGCCACGGUGUCGGUCGCGACGACCUGGUGGGCGUUCUCAUGGGACGCAGCGCGGAUUAUGUCGUGGCCUGCCUCGCUGCUCUGCGUGCUGGAGGUGCAUUCUUGGUUCUGGAGCUGGCCUAUCCCUCUGCUCUCCUCCGCGACGUCAUAGAUGAUGCCAAGCCCGCCGUCGUCGUCACGCAAAAGGCCCAUGCAAACCACAUCAAGGCCGAUGUGCCUCUCAUCAUCAUCGACGACGAGGCUCAGAAGGCCGCCACCGAGAGACGCCUGCAGCGCGAGGAGGCGGCCGUCAGUCGCCCCCCCCUCCCCAGCGAGGACGAUCUCGAGAGGCUGGCAUUCGUGUCGUACUCCUCCGGCACCACAGGACAACCCAAGGGCAUCGCCAAUUCCCACAAGGCUGCCGUCCUCUCCUACAAUGCCAGAUUCGCCAUCAGCGAUCUCCAUCCCGGUGACCGUGUAGCCUGCAAUGUCUUCUUCGUCUGGGAGAUGCUGAGGCCCUUGCUUCGUGGAGCCACCGUCGUCGCCGUCCCCGACAGUGCUAGCUAUGACCCCAUUGCUCUCGUGGAUCUGCUCGGUGAAAAAUCAAUCACCGACACCUUGAUGACCCCUACGCUGUUGACCACUGUUCUCUCGCGCCAUCCCGACCUUGGAUCUAAGUUGCCUAGCCUCAAUAGCCUCUGGCUCAAUGGCGAGGUCGUCACCACCGACCUCUGUCGCCGUGCCUUCUCUGCCCUUCCGGAAACUCGCAUCUUCAAUGUUUACAGUGCCAGUGAGACGCAUGAAGUUGCUGCAGGUGAUCUGCGCGCCUUUGUAGACUCCAGCGACCGGGUCUGCCCCGUCGGCCCCCCCAUGGAUCCCGACCACGUAUACAUCCUCGACGAGGCCGGCAACCGUGUCGAGAACGGUGUCAGCGGCGAGCUCUACGUCGGCGGCGAUUUCCUGGCCAGGGGGUAUCUGAACCUACCCGAGACGACGGAAAAGGCCUUCCAGAUGGACCCAUUCACCAAGAGGAGAAACGCGCGCAUGUACAGGACCGGUGACCUUGCUCGCCUCCUGCCGUCUGGGCUUCUCGAGAUCACCGGCAGGGUAGGUGGGAUGAUCAAGACCAGAGGCUACACCGUUCAGCCAGCCGCUGUCGAGUCGGCCAUUGUGAAGCAUCUUGCUGUCCGGGACUGUGCCAUCGUCGCCCACGGCGAGGGGCUGGGUCGGCAGCUCGUUGCUUACAUCGUCCCAGACACCGCCGAUAUCCGUGGCCGCACUGUCCUCAUGGUUGACGAGGCUGGCUAUAGCCCUGUGGCGCGCCGUGCUCUCUCGGAUCAUCUCGCCCACUACAUGAUUCCUCCGCUGUGGGUUGAGCUUGACGAGCUUCCUACCCACGGCGUCUCGGGGAAGAUUGACCUCAAGGCUCUGCCUCCUCCACCGUCCCCCCGCUCUCCCAGGGCCAACGGAAAUGGGAAGCUGGAAAACAAUACCAAGAUCAAGAUGGAGACUGUCGUCAGGAGCUGGGCUGCCGCCCUCAACAUCCCCCACACCACAAUCACCCCCAAACACGACUUCUUCGAUCUCGGCGGACACUCGCUGAUCCUCGCCGAUCUUGCCAACCGCUACUCCCAGGCCUUUGGCUUCCCGGUGCCCUUGGCUCCCCUGGCUGGCACCCCCACUCUCGAGGGACACCUCGAGGCUAUCAGGGCCGCCCGCGACGGGCACACGGCAGCCGUCCAGGCCGAUCUUCCGGCCGUGCUCGAGAAGGACUGCGUGCUUCCGGCUGAGAUCCAGCCCGCUGAUGCCACUUUCCGCAAACUGGGCGAGGCCGACACGGUUCUCCUCACCGGCUCCACCGGCUACCUUGGUGCCUUCCUGCUCAAGUCGCUCAUCGAGAACACCUCGGCGCACAUUCUCUGCCUUGUGCGCUUCACCGAGCCGACGGAGGAUUGCCGCCCGGCUGGUAUGGCGCGGAUCCGCAAGAACCUGAUUGAUCUCGGGCUUUGGGACGACAGCAUCCUCGACCGCGUCGAGAUUGUUGCCGGUAACCUCGCCCGCAAGAGGCUUGGUCUGUCACCGGAGUCGUUUGACGAGCUGGCUGAGCGCGCUCAGGUCAUCAUCCAUGCCGCCGCCACCGUCAACCUUGUAUACCCCUACGCCGCCCUGCGCCGCCCCAACGUUGGGGGCACCCGGGAGAUCCUCCGCCUGGCCUCGCGUAAGGGUGCUACCGUCCACCACGUGUCGACUAACGGUGUGCUGCCUGCCUCGACCGAGGGCUGGGACGAGAACUCCAUGCUGGACAUUGCCGAUGUCCCGCACCGUCUGCUCGACGGAUACGGCCAGACCAAGUGGGUGGCGGAAAAGCUGGUCCUGGAAGCCGGACGGAGAGGUCUGCCCGUCCGCGUGUACCGUCCGGGAACCAUCAGCGGACACAGCGUGACCGGCGCGACCAACACGUACGACUUGCUCAACGCCCUUAUCGUCGAGUCGCUCCACCUUGGCGUCGCGCCCAGCGUCGACGGCUGGUUCACCGAGAUGACGCCCGUCGAUUUUGUGUGCCAGGGCAUCACCACGCUGUGCAACCACCGGGACGGCUCUGGCGGCGUCGUCUACCACCUCGGUGACCCCGCUCCGCUGAGUGCCGACGCCCUUUUCGACGCCCUAGGCGAGCUCGGAUACCCGACCAGACGAGUUCCCUGGGACGAGUGGGUCGAGACUUGGCGUGAGAGAAGAGGCUCUGGCAUCGGAGGCGACGAGCCCUUUACGGUAGACAUUCUCAAGGGUGGUAUGCCGACUGCCGAAGGUCUCAAGUCCGUCAUCGUCCUCAAGGAUACGGCCACCCAGGCCGCCCUGGAUCUUCACGGUGUCGAGCGGAUCAAUAUUGAUAGGAAGCUUCUCGAGGUAUACACGAGGCACUUUUACUCCCGUGGCUGGCUUCCGAGGCCACCUACCAAGCAGACUGUCGACUGCACGGCCAAGCCGCCUGUCAGCAAGGGCCGCCUCGCCGGUCGCGUGGCGGUCAUCACCGGAGCAUCAUCCGGUAUCGGCGCCGCAGUAGCUGCCGGCCUCUGCCGAGAGGGUGCGCAUGUCGCCAUUGGAGCGCGACGCCUGGACGCCCUCGAAGGCGUACGCGCCAAGCUGUCGGCCUACCCCGGCAAGGUUCUCGUGCACCGGACGGACGUGACGGACAGGGAGCAAGUGCACUCGCUGGUCAAGGCCGCCUCGGAGCAGCUCGGCCCGGUCGACAUACUCGUCAGCUGCGCCGGCGUCAUGUACUUUACCAUGAUGGCCAACUGCUACACCGAAGAGUGGGAGCGCACCGUCGACGUCAACUGCAAAGGUCUCCUGCACUGUCUGUCGGCCUCUGUCCCGGGUAUGCUCGCGCGCGGGGGCGGCCACAUCGUCGCCAUCUCGUCAGACGCCGGACGCAAGGUGUUCCCGGGCUUGGGCGUGUACUCUGCGAGCAAGUUCUUCGUCGAGGCGACGCUGCAGAGCUUGCGUCUCGAGACGGCGGGGACCGGCAUGCGGGUGACGGCGGUGCAGCCGGGCAACACGCAGACGGAUCUGCUCAGCAUGUCGUCUGAUGCCGAGGCUGUCAAGAAGUAUGGCGAGGCGUCGGGGGCGCAGAUUCUGUCACCCGAGGACGUGGCGUCGGCCAUUGUGUAUGCCGUGUGCCAGCCUGCUCACGUGUCGGUGAAUGAGGUGCUGAUUGAACCGCGGGAUGAACCUAUUUGA